CUUAGAGUAUUAUCUUUCUACUCAACUCCAACUUGCACACGCUUUUAUCAUACCAAUAAACCAUCUCAACUCCAACACAUCUAUUCCUCCAUCAUGAGUGCUCAAUCCGCAACCACUCGUGUCGUACGAACUACCCAUGCGGAAGAUGGUACCUCUGUCUUUUCCUCCGACACUCACAUCACGCCCUACGCACCCUUUGGCCCCCAAGCCAGUGUCUUCAACAUCUUUGACACACGUCAAUACAUCCCAGCCAACAACACUGACGCAAUCCCUUCCUUUGCCGACACUCUUCCGCGGUGCCCACCAAAAGGUGCCAUAUUUUGCAUGACGCAGAUCCAGCCCGGCGGUAGCGCGCCCAUGCACCGCACCCAGAGCCUCGACUACCUCGUCGUCAUGUCAGGCGAAAUCGUGCUGGUGCUCGACGGCGGAGAGGAGAAGACUGUGAGAGAGGGAGAACUUAUUGUUCAGCAGGGUGUGAACCAUCAGUGGAUUAACCGUGGGGAUGUGCCUUGCAAGAUUGUCUGUGUCAUGGUGGGUGCGGAAAAGGUCGCGUUGAAAGACGGAACAACUUUCGAGGAGACUGUAUUUAAAUGA